AUGCCCCCAAUCCCAGCAUCCCCGCUGGCUCCAGGAUCCCAGCAGAAAUCUGGUCCAGGCAAGAAGCGGGUCGUCAAUUACGACUCCGACUCUGACUCGUCAGAAGCUGCCUCGCCGGCGAAGCCGAAAUCUCAAGCUCCUCGAGCGAACGGUCUGAGCUCGGAGACGCCCAAUGGAUUCUCCGCUUCUUCUCCGUCGCGGAAGCGGUCAAAGGUCCAAGCAAAGAACGGGAGCGGGAAGGACAAGGAUGGAGAGAAGCGGCUUAAAGAAGCGGAUAGGUUGUGGGAGACGAGGAGAGAAUUGCCAUUCUACCAAGGUCGAAAGACUGUAUUGGAAGAGAUCUUGGCAAAUGAGACCACCAUAAUCCUCGGCGAGACAGGCUGCGGCAAGUCCACGCAACUACCCCAGCUUCUCCGGCGCAAUGCUCUCUCAUUAGAUCACUACAAGCGAGCGCCAAAAAUAGCCAUCACACAGCCGAGACGGCUCCCCGCUAUCGCUCUGGCAACACGGGUAUCGGCCGAGAUGGGCGUAGCCGUUGGCGAGGAGGUCGGGUAUACUGUGCGAUUUGAGGAUUCGACGAGCAAGGCGACAGGUGUGAGAUUCAUGACUGAGGGGGUACUGAUGCGAGAACUGGCAAACAACUCUCGAGAAGCCUCGACCUCGGAGCAACAAGGCCUUAAUCUGCUACUGCAGUACGACGUGGUGGUCAUCGAUGAAGCCCACGAGCGGACCCUCAACACCGACUUUCUUUGCGGCGCUCUGAAGACGAUCCAACGGAUACGAAAGGGCCUAGCGGGGAAAAACGGGAACGGCGCAGGAUCGAGCGGAAAGGGAAAGGGCAAAGAAGCGGUGACCAAGCUCAAAAUCGUGGUCAUGAGUGCUACCCUCGACCCGAGCAAGUUUGUGCGGUUCUUUGAAACGGAACGCCCAGCCCUGAUCGUAAAAGGUCGGAUGUAUGACGUGACGACUCGACACCUGCUCGAGCCAGCAGAAGACUUUAUCGAGACGGCGGCAAAGCAGGUCAUGCAAAUACACUGCUCGGGUGACGGCGAGGGGGACGUGUUGGUCUUCAUGCCUGGUGCCGAAGAGAUCGAGACCUGCGCCGAUACGUUACGACGUGCUUCCAAGGACCUGCCCGAUAGCUCAGAUAAGCUCGCCAUUCUGCCCUUAUACGCCCAACUCGCACCCGCUGCCCAAGCAAAGAUCUUCUCUAAACCCGCUGAAAACACUCGACGGGUGGUGAUCGCGACCAAUAUCGCCGAGACGAGUAUCACCAUCCCCGGUGUGAGCUACGUGGUUGACACGGGGUUCAAAAAGGAGAAGGAGUACAUCUAUCGAUCAUCUGGAGCUCUUGAGCACCUGAAAUUGAAGUCUGUCAGCAAGGCUGCUGCAUGGCAACGGACAGGUCGUGCAGGUCGCGAGCGCGCUGGACACUGUUAUCGCCUAUUCACCGAAGCGGCCUUUGGGGACCUGAUCGAUUUCGAUGCGCCUGAAAUACAGCGUUGCGAUCUCGCGGCUGCCGUGCUCCAGCUCAUAGCGAUGGGUCAAAAUCCGUUCGAGUUUGAGUAUAUUGACGAUCCCGGCCGAGAAUCUACGCUGGGGCUGAUUCCAGUCCUGGCUGCCUUCCAAACCCUCUCCGGCCUGGAGGCCAUCUCUGGACCGACGACCAUCACCCCCCUCGGCCGACGGAUGCUUCACUUCCCCCUCGACCCCUCACACGCCCGCAUCCUUCUCUCCUCCUUCACCCACUCAUGCCCUUCCGAGAUCAUCGACAUUCUGUCCCUCGUCGUCUCCGGUCCCGUCUGGAUCGACCGCUCCUCCGAGCGCGACGCUACCGCAGCGGCACGGCAAAAGUUCCUAGCACGUGAGGGCGACCACUUGACAAAUAUGAACGUCUUUCGAGCAUACUUGGCCAUCAAAGACGACAAGUCGGAGUCGCCGGCCAAGUGGGCCAAAGAGAACUUUGUCAAUACAAAGACGCUCCAGGCGGCGAUAAGAGUACGGGAUCAGCUGCGCGAGCUGGUCAGAAGGGAAGGUGUAGAUCCGGCGCUGAGCUGUGGAGGGGACAAGGAUAGUGUGGGAAGGUGUUUGUUAAGUGGGCUGUACAUGAACACGGCGGUGGUGCAGAGUGACGGGACAUAUCGACAGACUACGGGCAGCUUGCAAGUCAAGAUCCACCCGAGCUCGGUCUUGAUGAGCAAGAAGGUCCCGGCUAUCCUGUAUGACGAGCUGACCAUCACCACCGCCAUGUACGCGCGAAACGUCUCCCAAUUUGAGCAGAGCUGGCUCACUGACCUGCCGCCGUUCAAACAAGCUGCCAAGGCAAAUGGGUCUACCUGA